GGGCUGCUGCUCCCAGUGCAAAUACAUUUCCCUCUGUGGGUCAGUUUCAGGAGGAACCUCUCUCUGAAAACAGGAAGGAAGUUCUCUCACAGCAGUCACUUUUCGCUCGGACAACAUGUGUACUGGAAAAUGCUCCCGCUGCAUUGCUGUGGCUCUCUAUCCAUUAGCGCUCAUAUCCAUCAUCUGUAACAUCGUGUUGUUCUUUCCCGGCGGAGACGUCAAGUAUGCCAAAGACGGACACAUUACCGAGGAGGUGAAAUACAUGGGGGGACUCGUCGGAGGAGGUUUAAUGGUGUUGCUCCCAGCACUCUACAUCCACUUGACUGGAAAACAGGGGUGCUGUGGGAACCGCUGUGGUAUGUUCUUAUCCAUUGCGUUCGCGGCAGUGGGCGUGGCCGGCGCCCUGUACAGCUUCAUUGUGGCCGUGCUCGGUUUGCAAAACGGGCCCCUCUGCAAAGUCGUUCUCUUCUGGGUGACCCCUUUCAAAGACAGCGACCCGAGUUACCUGACCGACCACGGGAAGUGGGGCCAGUGCACCGAGCCGAAGGACAUUGUGCAGUUCAACGUCGGCCUGUUUGCCACCCUGCUGGCCACCAGCGGCCUGCAGCUGGUCCUCUGCGCCGUCCAGGCGAUCAACGGGCUCUUUGGCUGCCUGUGUGGCACCUGCAUGGACAAGGGGCCGCUGUGAGUGCCCCGGCAGCCUCACUGGCGCCCCCUGCUGGAAGAUGGAGAGAAGUGUUCCUGCUGCAUUUACUUGGACGUUGUAGAUUUUUAUACUUUUUGUAAGCAUGUCGUUAUGCUCAUUUCUACAUUGUAAUAAAACACACCUGAAAUAUU